AUGCCAAAUGAUCCUAAAAAUCUCUUAGAGAAUCUUUGUGACGGCCUCGAAACUUUCCUCGGCUUCAACAAAGAUUCCAAAGGCUACGAUGGCAGUGGGAUAGUGUAUUCGGACUUGGAUAGGCUGUGUGACGGGGUGAUGGGAUUUUUGAGUGGAGUGCUUGGUGCGGUGAAAAACACUCAGACAUACAAUGUGGGUAGAAAAACAUUACAAAACUUGGUAAGUGAUGAAAUUAACAAACAUCUUUGCUCAGGGCACGAUGGUUUCACUACGCUCCUUCCCCGUCUGACUAAUGAGAUCGGGAAGUACAACACAGAAGUGAGAGACUCCAAUGAGAAAGUUAAGAAGCCCAUUGAAGAGUUGUUAAAUCAGGUGGGUGAUGCAUUUAUGAACAAGGUACAAAAUAUAUUGCCGCAGGAAAAUGAGGGUGAAGAUCCCGAGAAAGUGCAGGCGGCGGAGAAGCAGAUUAAGAAUAUGUUUCGAGACGAGAUAAAAACAUUCAAUAACACGUUUAAUAACGCAUAUAAUUUCACUACUAAAAUUGAAAAAACAGACAUGAAAAUUGCAAUUAAUUAUUUGAAUUCCUCGUUGCAGCUUAGAGUGAAACACGGCGUCAGUAACGUGGCUCAUGAGAUUAAGCGGCUGGAGCAGGUGGCGGAUAAGGAGCAGAAGACCUUCGAGUCCGCUGAGAAAAAAGUAAAAGAGGUGAUGAAAACACUCAAAGAGGGUGUAGAUGCAAAAAUUGCUAAUCAUGUGCAUAGGCUGGUGGAGCAAUUGAAAGGUAAGGUGCAGGAGAUAUUAGAUGAUUUGAAGAGCAUCAAUGGUUCGCUAGUUAACUACAUAAAUCAGAUGCAGGGGUGGAUUGAUAAGGCACAAUUAGCUAUUGAUGCAGCGUUGGAGAAAAUUGACUUCAUUUUUAAAGAAGUUAAUGAAGGUGAUUCAUAUAAGAAUCCGAAGCCAAUGAAGGAGGCAGCGGAGGCGUUGAAGAAACAGGCUCAGAUACUGUUCGAAGUUGGUAACGAAGUUAAACAGAAAAUUGAGGAAUUGGUACCUAAGGCUAAGGUGUUAGUAGGGCAGUUGGACCUCGCGAUUAGAGGAGAUUUGAAUGACCCCAAAGUGCAAU